UUGUCUUCACAUUUAGAUCAGGAAAAGAAGACUCAAAAAAAUAUCCAUGUGAUUAUUAUAAUUUCAAGAAAUGGUCUUUCUUCAUGACAGGAAAAGAGACAAAAAAUAUUAUUAAAAAACAUUUGAAAGAUCUGCAAAGUGAAAUAAAACUUAAAACAUCUGGGUACAUCAUGGUUGAAUUCAGCUCAGAAUCCCAUGAAAAGGAUUUUGAUCAGUGGGUUGAAAAAUGCUUAAAGUUAACAGAUGACUGCUUCAAAGAUCUACAGCUGCUUGUUAUCAAAGGGCCAUCUGAAGAAAUUCAAGAUAUUUCUGGAAAAGUUAAACAAUCUGCUUUAGUUAUUGAUGGUUUUGUUUCAGCAUUUGAAGAGAGGGAUAUCUGUGGAGUUUUUCUUUUAGGCAGAGGAGAAAAUGUGAUAGACCUACUUUUAGACCUGCAAAGACACAUGAAAAAUGCUACUUUAUGGAGUCCUGAGAGCAACGAAGAAAUUUCAUAUCAUAUAUUUGAGUGCAGCCCAUUGCAGUGGCGUCUUUUCAAGGUUUUCGAUAGAAUAGAACAGGCAGUUGAAAUCUUCCCACAAGUUAAGAUAUACAAGUGUGAUAUGAGAGUCAAGGUGAUUGGGAAUAAAAAAGAAUGUGCUGAUGCCAUCAAGUUUUUGUCAAAUAAUUACUGGUUGAAAGAUAUUAAACCUGAAGUAUGCAAAGGCUUUGAAGGCUUUGAAUUCUUUUUAUCCAGAGAAAAUGUUCAGGCUUUUAUUGAUAGUAGAAUAAGAUGUAAUGGCACAUGGGCAGUCAGUGAAUUAGCAGAACUUCCCAACACAAAAAUUCUACUUAUAUAUGGGAAAACAGAUGAGGAGAAGAAAGAGAUAGCAAAAGUUUUGCAAGAAUCCAUCAGGUGGAAGAAAUACUCCAUCACAUAUUCACCAGAAAUAGAGCAUUUCGAGCAAUGGUGCACAGAAGAAGCCAGCAAACUUGAACAAAGUUCAGAAAAGAAAUUUACUAUGAAAAUCAGCAAAAAGGAAAAACCAGCUAAACUUGAGGUUGUGUUUGUCUAUACAAUGGAUCUUGAAGAUAAUGAAAGUUUGAAAAUGUUUAUGAAUGAAGCUGAGGCAAAAAUAUCAACUAAAUAUACCUGGCAUCUGGACCAAAAAGCAUUCAAAUGGAUUCAAACCUUCCACAAGGAAGAACUUCAAGAAGAAGCGAGGAAGAAUGAGAUUGCCUUAAGAUUUUUGAAAAGAACGGUUGAAAUUGAAAUGACAGGUUCACCCACAGCUUUGAAAGAAAUGCAAAAGUAUAUUGCUUCAAUAUGUAUGAAAGAACAGCAUAUUUUGCUACCCAUUGAAGCUAUGCCUCCUGAAGUGAAGAAAUUUCUUUCAGAAAAUCAAUGCUUCUAUGAGUAUUCUCCAGAUAAACAUGCUAGAUAUUGGAUCAGAGGAAAGACAGCUUUUGUUCUCCACAAUGGCAAAGAGGAUGAUGUAUUUGCUGAUGUGUAUGUCAAGUCACAACAGCUUGAAAAUACAGAUAAGAACUUUGAAUGGCCUGAGCCAGAUGAGAGAACUGCUUUCAUGAAAUAUCCAUUAUGGCAAGAAGGGGAGAAUAGAGAAAAACAUAAAAUGGACAGUGUUUUAGUGCCUUUCUUCCAAGAGGUCACCAAAUACAAGAAAAAGUCAGUGAGCUUUGAUUUGAAGGAUAAUCACACAUGGCCAGUUCAAAAAUUUGUUAAGCGUAUCAUAGACUGUGCACCAAAACCCCCAGAUGGCUUGAUAAUUAUACUGUGUCAUUCUGAUGAAGCAGAAUUCCAAAAUGUAGUCAGUUGUAUUGAAGAAGUGGAAUCCAAAAGGACUGAAAAAGAAGACUUUUUCAGAAUAGGAGGAAAUUGA